AUGAAUUUAUCCAUUUCAUUUAUUGCAUUAAAGAAGAUCAUUGAUUCGCCAUUAAUAUCACUAAAUCCUAGAAGCAUUCAUCAAAAUCUUAUAUUGCAGCGAUGUAAUUUUAGGUUUUUUGCAGAGCAUGCUUGUAAAUUUAAUACUAAACAAAUCAGCUCCGAAUUCAUUCACUCAUCUUUCAAAGGAUUCCUCAAGACACCAUUAGUUAUUAGUAACUUAGAUUAUUUAAACAAUUCUUUUAGAAAUCAAAUAAUUCCCGAAUGUAAAUCAAAUAUUCGCAUAGAAAGCUGCCAAUUUACAAAUUGCACAGUUGAGUCUGACGGAUCAGCACUUAAAAUUAACUGCCCAGAUUACAUUUUAAAGAUCUUUCAAUGUAAAUUUGAAAAUUGUCAUUCGCUCAAUGGAAACAGCGGUGUUAUUUCUGCUCAACAAACAAGGUCAACUGCAAUUUGCAAAACAUGUUUCUUAAAAUGCAGUGCAAAGUCAAAAUAUCAAAUUUUCAAUAUAAAAACGGAAUCAAAAGGGGCAUUCAAUAUAUCAGGAAUACACAAUUCUGGUAAGAAUUCUUUUGAUGAAUUAAAAUCAACAAAAUCUUAUUAUCAUAAAAUUUGUAAUUUUCAAGCAGGAACUCAGCGCAUUAAUACGAUCAAUAGUACCCAUAACAGUGUAAACGAUUAUGCAGCCGGUUUUGCUUCAGACUCUCCAUUUGAAAUUGACUUUAAAUUUGCAAAUUUUGGAUAUUUAGAAGGAGGAUUUGCCCUUGAGAGGACAACGAUAGCAGUAGGAAAGGAAGUAUAUAGUUAUAUAAACGUUUUUCACCAUAACGCUCCCAACAAAGGAACAUUUUAUUUACAUAUUUUCGGAUCUUUUUCAGAUUCAUUGCUUUUCAAUGUAACAAUUAAUCCUCUUAUAUUUGGUCAGCCAAAUAGUGUUAUUAUUAUGGAAAGAUGCAGAUUUGAUGCUGCUUUAAUUAAUCUUCGGAUUUUAUCUCCAAAUGGAAUUGCAAAUAGCAUUGUCCAGUACAAAGAAUGCAUUUUCUCUGAUAAUGAAGAUAAAAUAAACUUAUUUGGAAUUGAAAAUGACUUAGUUUGUUUUAAUUUUAAUCUGAAAAUUAACCUUAAUAUAUUCCAAAUAAUUUCUAAGUGGGUUGAUAGGAAUCCUCAUAUUGUAGGGUUCGGAUUCUGCUUGAUUCUUAGUAUAAUUUCGGUUUUUGCUUAUUGGAAAUCAAAAAGAUUGUUUACCACAAAAAUACCGAUUGCUUUCACAUAUACAUCUGUUGAUAAGAAUGUUUGA